UGUAUUAAAAGUGGAGUUAGAAGCUGUCAGUUCGUUGACCAGCGCGCUAACGUUAACUAGCCGAGCAGCUAACCGGCUAGCUCAGCCGGAGACAGACAUCCAGAAGCUGGACGCCCGGUAUCGGACCUGUGGCAUUCCUCCAGCCGUGCUCCGUAACGUUUCUCUCGUGGCCAUAACGGAGAAGGCAUUUUUUUCAUGUGAGCACUUGGGCUCGUUUCGACAUUUUAAUGGGAGGCGGGUUGCUUCGGAGUGGACACUGCGGGCGUCAGCUGCGAAGAAAGCGGAGGUCCUGGCUCCCUGUCGGGCUCAGAUGGAGUCUCUGGCCGGGUACGUGUACAAGGCAGCCAGCGAGGGCCGAGUCCUGACCCUGGCCGCGCUGCUGCUCAACCACUGCGAGGGAGAGACCCGCUACCUGCUCAACUAUGUGACCCAGCUCGCCGGGCAGAGGUCUACUCCUCUGAUCAUCGCAGCCCGGAACGGACACGAUAAGGUGGUCCGGCUGCUCCUGGACCACUACAGAGUGGACACCGAGCAGACCGGCACGGUUCGGUUUGACGGCUACGUCAUCGACGGCGCCACGGCGCUGUGGUGUGCGGCGGGGGCGGGGCACUUUGAGGUGGUGCGUCUGCUGGUGAGUCACAACGCCAACGUCAACCACACCACCAUCACCAACUCCACCCCGCUGCGGGCCGCCUGCUUCGAUGGACGCCUGGAUAUCGUCCGUUACCUGGUGGAGCACAAGGCCGACAUCCGCAUCACCAACAAGUACAACAACACCUGCCUGAUGAUCGCCGCCUACAAGGGCCACGCAGACGUAGUGAAGUUCCUGCUGGAGCAGGGGGCGGACCCCAACGCUAAGGCCCACUGCGGCGCCACCGCCCUGCACUUCGCAGCGGAGGCGGGACAUCUGGAGAUUGUGACGGAGCUGGUGCGCUGUCAGGCGGCCAUGGUGGUGAACGGACAUGGCAUGACACCGCUGAAGGUCGCUGCAGAGAGCUGUAAAGCCGACGUGGUGGAGCUGCUGCUGGCGCACGCCGACUGCGACCGGCCCAGCCGCAUCGAGGCCCUGGAGCUGCUGGGCGCUUCGUUCGCCAACGAUCGGGAGAACUACGACAUCCAGAAGACGUAUCAGUACCUGCACACGGCGAUGAUGGAGCGAUACCGCGACCCGGAAAACCUCAUCACCAAGGAGCUGCUGCCACCCAUCGAGGCCUACGGGGGGCGCCGCGAGUGCCAGGCUCCCCAGGAUUUGGAGGCCAUCCGGGUGGACCGGGACGCUCUGCACAUGGAGGGGCUGAUGAUCCGGGAGCGCAUUCUGGGCUCGGACAAUAUCGAUGUAUCACACCCCAUCAUCUACCGUGGCGCCGUCUACGCUGACAACAUGGAGUUUGAGCAGUGCAUCAAGCUGUGGCUGCAUGCGCUUCGCCUGCGGCAGAAAGGAAACCGGAACACUCACAAGGACCUGCUGCGCUUCGCCCAGGUCUUCUCCCAGAUGGUGCACCUGAAGGAGCAGGUCUCGGCCUCGGCUGUGGAGCAGGUGCUGAGCUGCAGCGUGCUGGAGAUCCAGCGCAGCAUGGCUCGCGUAGAGACGGCGGCUGAAUCCGAGCUGCCGCAGGCCAUGGACAACUACGAGUCCAACGUCUUCACCUUCCUGUACCUGGCCUGCAUCUCCACCAAGACCACCUGCUGCGACGAGGAACGCGCACGCAUCAACAAGCACAUCUACCAGCUGAUCCAGCUGGACCCGCGGUCCCGCGAAGGCUCCUCGCUGCUCCACCUGGCCAUCAGCUCCACCACGCCGGUCGACGACUUCCACACCAACGACGUCUGCAGCUUCCCCAACGCCCACGUCACCAAGCUGCUGCUGGACUGCGGCGCGCAAGUCAACGCCGUCGACCACGAAGGCAACACCCCGCUGCACGUCAUCGUCCAGUACAACCGGCCGAUAAGCGACUUCCUCACGCUGCACGCCAUCAUCAUCAACCUGGUGGAGGCCGGCGCGCACACGGACAUGACGAACAAGCAGAAGAAGACGCCGCUGGAUAAGAGCACCACCGGCGUGUCGGAGAUCCUGCUGAAGACGCAGAUGAAGAUGAGUCUCAAGUGCCUGGCGGCGCGCGCCGUCCGGCGGCACCAGAUCACGUAUCGCAACCAGAUCCCCAAAACGCUGGAGGAGUUUGUGGAGUUUCACUGAGACGGACUCAGCAAGGACAGACUCGUAUUUCUUUUUAAAGAAUUUCUUAUAAUUUUCUAACAAAUCCAAACGGUGCUGAGGAUAAAGGUGUUCAGUACUAAAAGUUUUUGAGCAUUUUUAUAAGAAAAAAAAAAGUUUUAAAUAUUAAUUGCUAAGAACCAGCAGCCGGCAGUCCGUCAUGUCCGUCUGUGUUUCUGCGGCUGACGGCUGCAGAUGUGUUCAGAGGAAGCUCGCAGCUGACAGCAGAGGGACGACAUCACCGCACCGCUUCUUGUUUUUUUGCCUUACCUCCACGCAAGGAGCGGCCACGUUACUGUGAUUCAACAGUUUGUGUGAAUGAGCGAACGUGGCGGAGAGAGCUGGUCAGAAAAAAGCUCCAGAGACAGACAGACAGAAUGAAUGAAUGAAUGAAUGAAUGAAUGAAUGAAUGAAUGAACACCUGUUGAGAAGACACCUGAUUUCCAUGCAUUCAUCCCACACAUCAGCCGUCACACACACACACACACACGAUUAUAAGAGAUGAAAAAUAGUUUUUCACUGGGUUUAGUUUUUACUCUUCACAACAACGAUGAGAUAACAACACAGGAUCUAACUGCUGGACAGAAACUUAGUUCAUAACUUAAAAAAAUGAGUUUAUUUUAAAGGGUUUUUUCUUUGCCUGUUUCAUUGAAACGACACCACAUGGCCAAAAAUAUGCAGACAGCCCUGUCCACAUACUUCUGUGUCUACAUGUGACCCCUUAAUUUAAGACUGGUUCAUAAAAAAGUGACUUUUUCUUUCUGAGCAUUAAGAUUUAGAAGCCUGAAAUGUAAAACAUGGUAAUAUUUCUUAUAAGAAAAAGGAAAUUAUUAGAGAACGGUCCGAAAAAUGAACAUAACCUUCUGUGUAGAAGAAAUAAUGUUUUACUUUUCGUCCGUCUCGUUGAUCUCCAGGUGGAGGUGAUCUGUUUUAGACAACACUGGUUUUCUUACUGUGUGGCAACACUUUCCUGUUUCAACAUGAUGGCAUUCAAAACCAGGGCUUUAAUGAAAUGUGUCACUGUCAAACACAUCUGUGUGUAAAGGUCGGCUGUCCACAUACUUUUGGCCAUAUUGCCCCAGACGAUGGUACCAACCAACAUUUUAAUUGAUUGUCUGUACAUGAACUAUAAAAUUUCUCCCUCAUGGA